UAUGUUUCAUCUUGUAUAGAUACGUACAAUAUAUAUUUAUUUAUAUACACGUUUUCUUGGGUGCUGCGAAAACUCCAGAUGGUGUCAAUAACUUCGUGGCUUGCGCGGAACAAUUCCGGUUUUUCGAUAUCUAGUCUCUCAACACCCGAUUGUGAUACCAUGUGUUAUCUUCGCUGCUGCUUCUUAUCAUCAUCAUCGACGAGAUAAGACACCAAAGAAAUGGCCGAGGAGUUGAUUUGCAAGGCGAACGAGCAGUUGGAGGACUUGCUGCUCUUGUCCCGCGACGAAAACGACGAGUCCCAGCAGCAGUUGACUACGACGACGACGAAGAAGUGUUUCAGUGGUCGUGGCAGUUGUUGUAGCAUCGGUGAUGGUGGUGAUGAUGAUGAUGUUGGUGGUAACAAGAAGAACCAUUGUGUGAGUGGCAUCAGUGCUGGUGUUAUUGGCAGUAGGACCAUCAUCGGUGGUGUUGUGAAUAAGAGUAGGAUUCCGAAGCUGAGCGUGAGAAAUGCCGGUGGCGGAGGAACAAUCACUUCGUCGUCGUCGAUGAUUUUGGAUCAAGUGGACUGCGAUGAUGAGACUCGUGGUGUGAAUCAAGUGUCGUCCGCAUCAGCUGCUGGAAGACAUCGCUUGUCCGUCAUCCGACCGCGGCUCUUUGACCGAGUCCCCAGCUGCUCUGAGUACUCUGAAAAUGGCAGCACUUCGUCGUGGAUGCGUGGUGGUGGUGUCCUGGGUGGUACCAGUGGUGGUGGUGGUGGUCGGAAGCAGGGCUACGUGGUUCAUCAGUGUGAUAAUUUGCGUGGCAGAGAUGGCGCUGCAGGGGAUCCCGGGGAAUACUUGACGCCCACUCAGAGGGCUUCGAGGACCAUUCGUCAACUCAAGGCGCAGUUGAAGAAACUCAACGAGGAAGUCGUCAGGAGAAGAACGGAAGUGUCUCAGUUGACCCAGGAAAUCGUGAAAUUACGCAGUUUCACUGCUGAAGAUGAUGAUGAAGAUGAUGAGAAGAGUGACUCGUCGACGAAGAAGAACAAGAAGAAGAAGAAGAAGAAGAAGAGAAAGAAGACGACCCCUUCCCUGAAACACCUCCUGCCUGACUUGACCUGUUUCAAUUGCGGCUUCGUCCUGACCUUGACCUCGCCUCCGGCAUCCGACGCCACUUUAUCGUCUCCUGAUGCCAGCGGCGGCGGCUGCGGUGGCGGUCUUUUGUCCAAUUUGGGGCGUCAUACCCCAGCUGCUGUUGAUGACGACGAUGACGACUUUUUUGUCAGUUUUGAAGUGGUCGAGGGCAAGUUGAGGGACUGUGAGGCCGAGUGGGGCAAGAAGCUGGCCCAGGCGGUGGCCGACAAGAGUGUGGAGAUGGAGGCACUCAGGGCCAGACACAAUGACAAGGUGGAGGACCUGCUGGACAAGCUGGAGCAGUCGCAGAAUGAGCAAGCCAGGCUCUGGCAGCUGGUCCAAGAAAACAAAGAUGGCCCUCCAAAGGAAACCAUGGACUCUGAUGUGCAAACAGAUGUUGUGAUCGAUACAGUUGAGCUUCAAGUGAACCAGGAAGGAGAGUUGGAGAGGAAAGACAAUGAGGAGCAAGUGAAGCUGAAACAGGACCUGGAAGCAGCUCUAACAGAACUGGACAAGCUGAAGGCAAGUGCUGAUGAUGAUGGAGCUGAUGAACCAUGUGACAUUAGCAGCUCUUUAUUCAUGACGUGCAUCUGUGCAAUAAUACUGAUGUGCUUUGGUUUUCUCGCUUAUUAUUCGUAUGGCUGUUGGGGACAGGCGAUGAGUUCAGCUAAGGGGAGUUUAGUGAGCGUGGAUGCUGCUAAGUCCUUGUGGAUCCUUGCCCUCAGAAAGUCACUGAGGGAAUUCACGAGAGAUGCAGAGACAAGCAGUGAUGACAUGGCAGCACCAGUGCCUCAGGGCUCCAAACAGGAAGUCAAGUCCAAGGCCAUGUCAGCACCCAUGUAUGAUGCAGAUGUCACUCUUCAGUUCCUCAAGUCAGCCAUGUUCUACUUUCUCACUGACCGGGACAAUCAAAGCGGGCAUUUGAAGGCAAUCCAGAGCAUCCUCAACUUUUCUGACAAGGAAAAGCAGAAGAUUGACCAAGUUUUUCACGGCAUCUACUAGACAGACGGAGUUAUUCUUUUGAUGGAAAUUUCUUCUACAUAGUUACCCGUAUAUUUGACAAGUGCUUGGUGUUACUGCUGUGUGUGAUUUUUUUGAAGUGUAGACCACUUUGUGAUCCAUGAAAGAAA